AUGGGUGGAAGAACGGACGGAGAUGGCGGAGGUAAAGAGAAAGAGGAAGAACAAGACGGAAUGUCCGAGCAGUCACAGGUUGAAUUGGAGCUCAGGUUAUUAGAAGCUCUUGAAAUCUAUCCUCCCGCUAAACUCCGAGGCAUACACCGACAUUUUGUUCUUUAUGGCCUCAUGGAGUAUCUCGGAAGAAGCUUUGAUCGACAGUUCACAGCGGAUGAGGUUCUGCAGCUACUGGAUCGUUUCUACAACAUCGAGAUGCUGAAAUCAGAUGAUGAAGACAUGGACAUUCUGAAUCACGAGGAAGACUUUACCUUGCCGCAGAGUUACUUUGAUAAGGAAGAACAAUAG